AUGAAAUCGACCCUUGAUCCACUAGAAGGUUUUAUCGAAAACCCAAAUGUGUUGAAAGAGCUUGGAGAGAUAGGAUGGUUUGGCAGAGAGCAACUUAGGUUUCGUUUCCUCUGCCGAUUGUUGCAAGAGUCCUGUGAGAUGGCUCCUGUGAAGACAUCAGAUGAAGCAGUGGUGGAUGGGAAACUUUUCUACUGCUAUGGAGCGUCAUCAGUGUCCAAGCGUAGCCUACGGGCGAUUGUGGGCCUCCUCCGUCAGUUCAAUGCAAGUGUAAGCGGAAUUCAAACUCCUCCAUCCGCAGAGUUUGGGGUUUAUUCAUUGAAGGUGGCUGUAGACUAUGAGCGCGACAGUACUAGAACAGCUGCAGAGCUUGUAUACCGAAAAUUCAGCGUCAUACUAUUUGGAAUAGACGUCCGUCAUGAAGAAGAUGGCGAAGAGUUUCGCGACGUUGUCUUAUAUCCAAGAGGAAGGGUAUUACGUCCAUCAGAUGUAGGCUUAAAGCUAUCCCCGGAUCUCAAAACAGCUGAAAAGAUUUCUAAACUCGAUACGAUUGUGCAUCGUCGCCCGGGAUUGCUCCAGUUUUUUUGCGCUCCUCAUGUGAAGUCAGGGUUGACGAAGGAUUCGUAUCCCGAGGAAUUCCUCGGCAUUACGGCCUCACUUCUCUCUUGUUUGGUGAAAGGUGACAAGGAUGGAAGUUCACAUGGUAAGGCCCGAAAGCAAGGAAUUAUUUCGCAAGUCUCUGCAGGGAAGGCGGAGAUAAAAGUCAUAAGUGCCCACCAGACUAGAGACACUAAUAAAUCAUUGUCGAAAGCAAAGAUUUUUGAAGAAAGCUCAGAUUCGUUAAAAAUUCAUCGCCGUGUUUCGUUUCCUCCGGAUUCGAAGAGCUCUGCCAAGACACCACGUGGAGCUAUCUGUAAUCUAGCGGAUGCAAUCAAUGUUAUGAUGAGCUGGCCUCCCCAGGAGCAGAACUACAAACCUGAUCCAGCAAUUCUGGAACGUCAUGCCACUGAAAUUUUGGAAAACCUGCAACGCCGCACGAUGAAACUUGUGAACCUCCCAGUUCCCCACAUCCUAGUGUGCAUACAAGGGAAAUGGCCUAGCAGUCUAUUCUACUUUGUUUCCCAGCUUCGAACGCCCGGUCUACCAAAUUCUCCUGUAGUGAUUUUACAUCCUAAUUUUCCAUCUGAAUCAGACUGGGGCAACGUUGGUUUCUUUGACGAUGUUUACUUUGUGAAGGGUUCCCCUAGCUUGGGGCUAGACUUGUUACGUGCAGGUGUUAUUCAAGCAGAGAAGGUAGUCAUCCUAACGCAAGGUGUCCAGUUGGAGCAAUCCAUUGGAGAACACGCUGACGACCAGGACCGUUCGGCGCCUUCUCAAACCUUUACGCUUGAUGUCAACAAUGUCUUCAUAGCAGCCACAGUGGAGAGAUUGCUGCGGCAUGAAACAGCUAAGGAUCGUGUGAUCGUUGAACUUCAGCAAGAAACAGAGAUUCAGUACCUCCAACCACGUCUGUUAUUCGAUCGCCGCAUCUUCGACAGCGAAAUGUAUCUGCGCAACCGAUCUGCUACUUUCCAGUUCGCUCCUCCCUACAUUGGUGGGAAAGCAUUCUGUCCGGCUGCCCUCGGUGUCCUCUUGUACGCGACAUUUUUCAAUCGUCAAACAGUGGCUAUCGUGGACCAGCUUAUAAGUGGAGGUCAAGUCCUUGAAUAUGAUGAGGAGACAAAUGAAGAGCGCGCUUCUGACACUAUUAUUCGGGAUCUUGGCCAGAUCCCCGUACCCAAAUCUUUUGUUGGUUUUACCUUCAGUGAGCUUUUCAUCGGGAUGCUCAGGGAUCACGGCGCCUUGGCCCUGGGUCUCUACCGAAUAACUGGGUUGAAACACGACGGCCUUGGUUUCGUGUACACCAAUCCUCUUCCUACUGAGGUUGUUGAAGCGACAGACCUUGUGUACAUCUUACAUUGAAACAGAGAGGGAUAGAUCUCUUUGCUUGGAGGGCUUGUUUGAAAUCUCCAAAUUAGGGUGAGAAUCAUUAACUUGAUGAGGACAAAUAUGAUUUUGUCCUUUGAAUGGAACUUUAUCCAUAUUUUUGAAUAUAUUUAAAAUCUCAACUGUAAUUUUGCA